AGCGGGCAGGAGGCAGCGCCCAUCCACACAGCUGCCAGAAGUGUCGGACGCGGCUGCCGGACGGGGCAGAGCCGGUGGCUGAAGCGGCUUCCUGGCUUGAGGGAGAAGUCGAAGGCAAAGCAGGAAGGAGCGAGAGGCGCGGGGGGGAAAAACAAGGGGGCUCGCUCGGGGACGGCGAGGGGGACGGCGCGCGCGUGCUCGCCAUGGCCGACGUCUUCCCACCCUCCGAACCCGGUUCGGGUCCCGACGCUGCUCGGCGGUUCGCCCGGAAAGGGGCCCUUCGGCAGAAAAACGUGCACGAAGUGAGGGACCAUAAAUUCAUCGCGCGGUUCUUCAAGCAGCCCACCUUCUGCAGCCACUGCACCGACUUCAUCUGGGGGUUUGGAAAACAAGGGUUUCAAUGCCAAGUUUGCUGUUUUGUGGUUCACAAGAGGUGCCAUGAAUUCGUUACUUUUUCUUGUCCUGGAGCUGACAAGGGACCUGACACUGAUGAUCCCAGAAGCAAGCAUAAAUUCAAAAUCCACACGUAUGGGAGCCCAACAUUUUGUGACCAUUGUGGUUCAUUACUUUAUGGACUUCUGCACCAAGGGAUGAAAUGUGAUACCUGUGAUAUGAAUGUUCACAAACAAUGUGUAAUAAAUGUUCCAAGUCUUUGUGGAAUGGAUCACACGGAAAAAAGAGGGAGGAUUUAUUUGAAGGUGGAAGUGACUGGUGACAAGUUGCAAGUCACAGUGCGGGAUGCAAGAAAUCUAAUCCCUAUGGAUCCCAAUGGACUUUCAGACCCGUAUGUUAAACUGAAACUUAUUCCAGAUCCUAAGAACGAAAGUAAACAGAAAACGAAAACCAUCCGCUCAACACUCAAUCCACACUGGAAUGAGUCCUUCGCAUUUAAAUUAAAGCCCACAGACAAAGACAGAAGGUUAUCAGUGGAAGUCUGGGACUGGGAUCGAACCACUAGGAAUGAUUUCAUGGGUUCCCUUUCUUUUGGGGUGUCAGAACUGAAGAAGUCACCAGCUUGUGGAUGGUAUAAAUUACUUAACCAGGAAGAAGGCGAGUAUUAUAAUGUGCCAAUACCAGAAGCUGAUGAAGAUGGAAAUACAGAACUGAGGCAGAAGUUUGAGGGUAAAAGAAAGGUCCAAGAUAAGAAAGCCAGGCUUGGCCCAUCAGCUAACAAAGUUAUAUCUCCAGUUGAAGACCGGACUUGUAACUUACCAUCCAAUAAUCUUGAUCAGGUUAAACUAACAGAUUUCAACUUUAUAAUGGUGCUUGGAAAAGGGAGCUUUGGGAAGGUGAUGCUUGCAGAACGCAAGAGAACAGAAGAAUUAUACGCAGUCAAAAUAUUGAAAAAAGAUGUUGUGAUUCAAGAUGAUGAUGUAGAGUGUACCAUGGUUGAAAAGCGAGUUCUAGCUUUGAUGGACAAACCUCCUUUCUUAACGCAGCUUCACUCUUGCUUCCAGACUGUGGAUCGCCUGUACUUUGUCAUGGAGUAUGUGAAUGGUGGUGACCUCAUGUAUCAUAUUCAACAAGUAGGAAAAUUUAAGGAGCCCCAAGCAGUAUUCUAUGCAGCAGAAAUUUCAGUGGGUCUUUUUUUUCUCCAUAAAAAAGGAAUUGUUUAUCGAGAUCUGAAAUUAGAUAAUGUAAUGUUGGAUUCUGAAGGACAUAUUAAGAUUGCAGACUUUGGCAUGUGCAAGGAGAAUAUGAGUGAUGGAGUGUCAACAAGGACCUUCUGUGGGACUCCAGAUUACAUUGCACCAGAGAUUAUUGCCUAUCAACCAUACGGAAAGUCAGUGGACUGGUGGGCCUACGGAGUACUUUUAUAUGAGAUGCUGGCUGGUCAGCCUCCAUUUGAUGGCGAGGAUGAAGAUGAACUCUUUCAGUCAAUAAUGGAACAUAAUGUUUCUUAUCCCAAAGCAAUGUCCAAAGAAGCGGUGUCCAUCUGCAAAGGGUUAAUGACUAAACAUCCUGCCAAACGUCUCGGCUGUGGGCCCGAAGGAGAGAGAGACAUUAGGGAACAUGCCUUCUUUAGGAGAAUUGACUGGGAAAGAUUGGAAAACAGCGACAUCCAGCCUCCAUUCAAACCGAAAGUGUGUGGCAAGGGUGCCGAAAACUUCGACAAAUUCUUUACCAGAGGACAACCAGUAUUAACGCCACCUGAUCAGCUGGUCAUUUCUAACAUAGACCAAACAGAUUUUGAGGGGUUCUCCUAUGUCAACCCACAGUUUGUACAUCCCAUGUUGCAGUGUGAAGUAUGAAAAAAACAAUAGACUCAGGAAAGCCCUCCUCCCCAAUGGGAAAUUGCCCUUAGCCCUGGAGUUUUUAGACCUUUGCCUUGUUGAUUCCAUUCAGGUCUGGGAAUUGUAAGGGUAACGAGGAAGGGAAGACGCCAAGGAACGCGUGAACGUAGAAAAUCAUCCAGUGUAUUUAUCUAGGAAUCACUGAUGCUUAUAGAUUACUGCUAGCCUUUGUCAUUUUUAUAACUUUGACUAUUUUUCUCUAUCUCCUGUACCUCUGAAACUUCUUCUUAAACAAUUAAUAAUGAAUCUGAGACUAUCCUGUGGGGUUAAGGAAAACAGAGAUGAAAAUGUAAAUUGACUGAAGAAUAAGGAAUCUGGGCGGAGGGGGGGAGAUGGAAUAAAGGGAAAUGCAGAAAAUUUUAUUCUAUAUUACAGUUGGCCAGAUCUAUGAUAAAAACAAAGAUAUGAGCAAAGAAGGCCCAUAAAAGCUUUUAAAAUGACUUGAUCAAGGUAAAGGUUUCUUAUAAGUUUUCAAUAUAAAGUUUUCAGUAUAAAAUAAAAAUUAUGUGCAUAGAAUAUUAACUAGAGCCUGUGAUGAACUAGCUCCAAGGUAAAACUGCAUAAUACUGAUAUAUGUAUUAUUUUUAAUCUCCAUGAGAUUAUAUUAUGAUCCAGGGUGCCAAUUUGCUAUUUAAUUUACAUCACUAGUCAAGUUUAUUGCAAAGCCAGUUUUAAUAUUUUAUCCUAAAUAUUUCUUAACUGGGCUCUGAAUCUACACAUCCCUAACUCUUCGAUUUAUACUUAUUUAUUUAGUAAACUGCAUGAAUAGAAUAUAAAAAGUGUACAGUAAAUUAAUAGAGAUGUAGAAUUCAGAGUCAAGCCUGAAAUCAUUAAGGAAUGUUUCUAAAAAAUAAUUUCAGCUUUUAACAGAUUGGUUUAGAAUACUUGGAACCACAGAAAUCAAAGUGAAAACGUAACACAAGUUUUCUUCAACUGCUAUUGGAAGCUGUUGAAUACAUUUUUGAAUAUGCAUCAUGCAAUGAAUUUUGCAUGUUUAAUGAACAACUUUAAGUGAAUCUAUAUUAUGAGUAAUUGUAUCACCUGUGAUACACAUAAUACAUAUUUUAAUAAGACACAGCUGUGCUAGAUGAGGGAAGGUUCUUUGGGAUGAACUUUUUAGCUACAGCUUAAUGUUUUACCAUUUUGUUUUGUUUAGGAUUUUUAAAGUUCUGCACCUUGUUGAUACCUUAGGGAAGUCUGUGCUCUUCUCUGCUUAUUUUUAUGUAGUUCUACUGCUAAAUUAUCCUAAACUACAAUGAGAUUUUGAGCAAAGUGAACACAAUGCACACGCAUGUGCAAAGUUUACCAACUCCAGGCUAGUAUGAGCAGCUCCUAGUGCAUGCUGGGCCAAUUCCCCUCAUUUCUUGCUGAAGAACUUGCAACAUGUCCCUAAAUCAAUUGUUUGAUCUCAAGACAUUUAAAAAGUAGUUAAGAGGAUUAUGCAAGAACUUGAGCAGGAAAUUUGGAGAACAACUAUAUACCUGUGCUUUUUAAAAAAAAAAAAAAGUAUGAGGCUUUCUUUCAAGAGAAUGCUGGGCACUUACUGCAUAUCUAUUACUUUGAAGCAGGAAAACAAUAUAUUAGAGCUAUAAUCAGAUAUUUCAUAGAAUUUUACUCCCUUGCUUUUAAAUUAGUUCAUUUCCUCCCCUCCCCCCAGUAUUUCACUUGAAUUUAACCAAUUUUAAAGGUCAUUAAAUAGUGGACCUGAAAUUCUUUUGCAUGUAAAUGUGAUAGGCUUUUCCUUGCAAUGUUUUCUCUCUUAAUUUCUGUACAUUUAGCUGCCAAAAUAUGUGCAUGUAAGUCCCUGGAUGGCCCAUCUGCUUAUCAGUUUUGCCACACAAAAAUGCAUUCCCAAAUUGAAAAAUACUCCACAAAAUUCAGUAGAAAAUGUUCCCCAAUUGUAUUUGAAGAUUAUUUUUCUCAUACCAGCUUAGAAUAUGUGAAAAGCCUCUUCGGAAAACUUUUUCUUUCCAGAAUAUAUUCAUUUUCUCCAAGGAUCUAGGCAAGGAUCAUUUUAUGCUUGCUUUUUUGCCUUUCUUUUGCAAAUCUUUAGGAUAUAUUAAAAAAAAAUGCACAAGAAGCUACAUGUGAACAGAAUACAUAUAGAAACAUACUUUUCAAUGUUUUCAGAAUUUAUUGGGAAGGCUAUUUUUUUAAAUACAGGCUGUCAGAAGGUGUGCAAUCAUGACAAAAUAAGCCAGGUCCUCACAUAUGAUAGCAUGUAUUUUCCUCUACAUCUGUGUGCCAAAAAGUAUCUGUAGGAAUAACCCUAUACCUAAGCCCCAAAUAAACCCCUUAUAAGCUAUAAAACAAAUGUGCUACCUAGGAAAAUUGAGGAUGCUAGUUUCAGAUGCCAUGUUGUGAACCGCCUAUGUAUGAUCACUCUGUGAGAUAGGCAGCCAUACAAAUUCAAUAAAUAAUGAAUAAAUCAAUAACAAGCGCACUGCCAUCUCGCCAAACAUGUAAUGAAAUUUCUGCAUGUGAUAGUUAAUAGUUUUUGUAAGCUUUGUGCUCUGCCUUGUAAAAAAUAUUCCUGUCAUUGCCAUACUUCUUAUUCCAAUUUCCAUAUCUAGUGUUCCAAAUGGACACAAAGAAAUAAAUAGGCCUUGCAAAAAUGCACUGUAUCUCUUGUUCAGCUGAGAAUUUACUAAGCAGCCAUGCCCUUGGUAAAAACCACAGUACCAACAAAUAUCUUAAAGCAGGAGGUAUGCAUAUGGUUAAAUGAAUCUAAUAUUGGAAGUUGUAGCAGCUCUGCAGAUUUAGCUGUUCUUUAAUAGUAUAAAUAUAUUUAAAAAUAACAAAUAUUAAUAUUUAUACUUACAAUAACCAAUAUAUAGAAAACAGUCAUUACACAUAAAAAGAUUGAACAUAUUAGAUAAAACUGACAUCUAUUUCUCUUUGCCUGUUUUUCGUGACAUUGCCAGUUUUAUAAAAAGUUGUGCAAUUUAGCUUUUUUUAAGGGUAUAAUUUCAUUAGGCUGAGCCAGAGCCUAAUGAAAAACCUCUGGGGCACAGAACAACCCCCCCGCCCCGGUCCAUAAACUGGGCAUUUAAAGCUUUAUUUUAUUCAAACACAUUUUAUGUUACUGGAGAGAUGCAUUUGUCAUGCUAAUAAUAUCUGGGGGAACAUAAUGAAAAAUUACCAUGAACAUCCUAAGUAGAAAACCUUUCUUCAAGAAACUAAGGAUGUUGUUUAUAGAAUAUCCUAGUUUGCUUCAAACUUUUUCGGUAGAUUGCUUUGUAUGUAAAGCAAUAACACUGCUAUUAAUAAGUGCCAACAUUCUGCAUAACAUUUCCACAGUGAAAGAAACAAAAUGCCAAGUUUCUCUUGUGGAAAAUCUGAUGAUUGAGUAAUUUUAUUCAAGUCUGGGAUAUUUGAGUAUCUUUAUCAAAAAGAUACCGUGACAUAUGAUGCAGACUCAAAAUCUGGAGUUUAGAUUUGCAACCACCGAACAAUUUGUUGCAAAAAUGUAAAUUAUGUAGAUUUGGAACUGAAAAUAAUAAUUUCAGUUAAAUCCAAUUUAAUUUUGUCCCAACAUAUUGUUUUUCCCCCCUAAUCCUAUCAAUUUGGAUAGCAUAACUUCCCCACUACAAAGCCCUCAAAAGGCUGCAAAGAAAGGAAAGGCCAUGGCUGAAGAGGGCCCUGAUUUGCAUGUUGAAAGACUGUGGUAUCAUCUACCUUGUUUCCAGAGAAUAUGGAAACAAUUCCUAGAGAAUUGUUUUGCAGGUGAUGGGAAAUAGUGUCACUCUUUAACCCUAGAAAACAACUAGCUUCUAAAGCUAGCAAUAGUAGACUAAAUAGACCAGACAAUGCACCACAUGUUCUUAACCAAGUAUUAGAUAAUGAGAAAUGAAAUUUUAUUUAUUAAAUUUUUUUUUAUUUACAUUUAUAUCCCGCCCUUCUCCGAAGACUCAGGGCGGCUUACAGUGUAUAAGGCAAUAGUCUCAUUCUAUUUGUAUAUUUACAAAGUCAACUUAUUGCCCCCCCAACAAUCUGGGUCCUCAUUUUACCUACCUUAUAAAGGAUGGAAGGCUGAGUCAACUGGGGCCGAGCUUGAACCUGCAGUAAUUGCAGGCUGCUGUGUUCUAAUAACAGGCUUCUAACAGCCUGAGCUAUUACGGCCCAAUUAAAUUAAAUUAAAAUUAAAUAAACAAAUGUGAGAAGCUGCUCAAGAAGACACUUGUUUCAGAAUAAACAGAACAACAGAAUUAGAAGGGAUCUUGGAAGUCUUCUGGCCCAACCCUCUGCUCAAACAGGAGACCUUAGAUCACUUCAGACAAAUACUUGUCCAAUCUCUUCUUAAGGUGAUCAUAGGGAGUUAAAUGUGUAGUAGUUACUCUAGACAGUAAUAAUGAUAUACACAAUUUAUACUAUGAAAUUAUAUUUUGUUUCCCCUGUUCAGUGUUUGUUAGAUGUUCAUUGGAGUUAUAAAUGAUUCAACAGCCUUCCCCAUUCUGCUGCCCUCAGCCUAACUGUGAUGUUAUCAUAUCACAUCUUGGGGGAGCUGAAGUGGGGAAAAUAGCUCUACAAAUGGAGUUGUCUUCUUUUUAAUUACCUCAGUUGACAAUUCAUAGCUGAUGGCAAGAGCCAAGACAAGAAGCAAACAAAUAACUGCAACAAAGCCCCCCCAACACAUAUAUACACACUAUAAAAAUGCAACGCAGCAGUGACCUAGAUAAUCCCUAUUCUACAAGACAAUCCUUGUUGCCUCAUGCUUAAUAGCCAUUGAUUCUAACCUUUGGCAUUUCAUCCUUCAGUUAGGAUGUUGCAUUGAACUGACAGGGCAAUCAAUUGAGUCAUCUAUGUGGGAUGAAGGAUCACAGUCAAGAUGGUGAUAGACAAAAAACAGAGGGUUUUGAUCGCUUAGUCAGGCUGCCUUCUGGACCUUUUUUUGAAAAACUACUCAGAAGAUGCUUUUGUGCCCCAUAUAGGUACAAUCAAUUGCUGACUUGCUGCAGUGUUAAAAAAAUUACAGUAUAGGAAGGCAUGCUGGUUAGGGCCGACUGCUUGUUCAUUACAUGGGUAUGCUCCCAAGAAUUGAAAAAUCCCCCUCGUGUCUUCUUUGUAAAAUGGGAGAGAUUACAGGUAGUCUUUGACUUAAACCCAUUCAUUUAGCGACUAUUCAGAGUUACAAAAGCACUAAAAAAAGGUGACUUACAACAAGUCCUCAUGCUUAUGACUGUUGCAGCAUCCCAACAUAUCAAAAUUCAGGCACUUGACAACCGCCGUGUAUUUAUAACAGUUGCAGCGUCCUGGGGUCAUGUGAUUGCCAUUUGUGAUCUUCCCAGACAUGCAAAGUCAAUUGGGGGGGAAAGCCAGAUUUACUUAAUGGCCACAAUAACUACAGUGAUUCACUUAACAACCAUGGCAAAAAAAAACAGAUUGUAAAGUCAGGCACUUAACAACUGCCUUGCUUAGCAGUGGAAAUUCUGAUCCCGGUUAUGGUCGUAAGUUGAGGACUACCUGCACAUUCAGUUUUGCCACACAAGGUUUUGAAAAUUAAUUGCAAGCAGUAUAAUAAGAUAAGACAUUGGCCAAAAUGCCUUUUCAAAUAAAAUGCCAAAAGAGCUUGGUGCACAAGAUGAAUGAGCAUAAACUCAGAUGCUUGGAAGGGAAAUACUCCAAAUAUUAGUGCAGCGACAGAAUUAUCUUUUACUCAGGUAGAGAAAUAGUGGAUGGUGGCUCCAUUCAAUAGCUUCUUGAGCUUCCAAAUUUGGCUAGGAGCAGUUGUGGCCCUCUGCUGGGAGAUAAGGAAAUAAAUCUGGGGCUAUCCUAAAAACAGGUCCUCAACAAGCACAACAGACCAAAGAGCCAUGCCCUGAGAUUGUCCUGUUUCCAAUAAAAUGACUAUAUUGGAAAUACAUUUUGGGAACUAUAAAUAGGCACACAAGAGACCAGCUUGCUGCAAUUCACAUUUAAAGGCAUUCUCAGGAUCCAAAUGGCAGCCCCAUAAAGGAGGUGGCAGAUUAACUUCAGCAUUAAAAACUUAAAUAACAGUGGGAAGACGUUGAUCUCUCUUAAAAUAAACCAGCAGUUUUGAACCCUGAAGUUUCUGGAAAGAAUAACUUACAUCAGUGAGAAAAAUAAUGCAGGAAAGUCUUGACCUUUACGCUGAGUUGCUUAUCUCUGUGACCAUUCUGACCUUUCACUUUGCAUAAUUGAUCCCUAAGGGAUUAUUCUAAAAUUUGAAAAAAAAAAUGAUCCUUUACAAUUAUUUAAUAAUUCAGUUAGCAAAUGUAGUCCAAGUUUAUAACAAGAGGAUGAUUGUGCUUAAAACACAGAGGUUCCCCUUUCCAAAUCCUGGCAAAUGCGUAUCAAGCUUAUUUAAUACAAUUUUGAAUCAAGUAUAAUUUGAGAAAAGAUAAGAAAUUUUCCUUCCCUGUUCCCUGGACCCAGGGAAGACUUCAGUAAAACUGGCCUGCACUGUCAUGUCAGAGAUGAAGGAUGGAUACAGGAUCUUGACAAAAUCAAGCAGUCUUUGGUCAUUAAACAAAUAUUUCAGUUUUAGCCAUAAUGCACCUUUAAAAAAUACAUUCAACAGAUCCAUGAAUUCUACACACAUUUUAAGGCCCCUGUAUCUAUCUAUUCUAUCUUCAGUAACAUAGAAAUUAUUGUUGUUAAAUAAUACAAAUGCAUUCCUUGUUAAAUUUAUUUAGAUAAAUGCUCAUAUUUAUUUGCUUUAGGCGCGGUCUGCUGAACAAAACUGCUAUAUUUCUUGUGAUUGGCCAGUCCCACGUUACUCUAACUUCUUGUAUUCUUUCUUAAAAGUCACAGGAUGUGUGAAGGUGAUAAAAUUUCAUAAGCAGAAUGGUAAACCCAGAGCAGAUGUUACUUAAGAUUUUUUUUUAAUUGAAAAUGAAUUAACCCAAUGAUACUCCAUUACCAGGAGCAUUUACACACAUGCAGAUUGCACAAAUCCUAUAUAUUCCUAUAUAUCAGUCUUGGGUGUUGCUGCAUGUUCCGCCACAUUCCAUACUUGUAUUUGAUUUGUGGGAUGAGUUUUCUUUUUGUCCUCCAUCUCCAUCAGUGAUGGAUGCUGAUAAUAUGCUCUAAUAUUUUGAGGGAGGAAAAAACAACCACGUCUCCCUAAUCACCUGCUUCAGCUCUUGCGUAAUUGUAGACACAUCUUUCAUUUCCCACCACAAAACAGUUUGGUUGCUUGGGCUUCUCUAGCCUCCUGCUAAAUUUGUAGGAAUAGUUACAUCAUUAUUAACUUCCUGUUUUAAAAUCUGAAUGUUGGAUUACUGGCAUUAAGACACUUUAUCAUUGGUGCCAUAGAGUUUGUCCUUGCAAGGCAAUAGUCAUGGCUAGUGUCUCUUCCUUCUUAGCCCUCUAAGUUAGACCUGCUCUAGUUAAUUUAGGCCUAUACAUUUGCUUUUUAAACCCUUCACACUUGGGUUUUGUCUAAGUAUCUGAUUCAGAUGGCUUUGCUAGAGCAGGGCUUUACAAUUCCUAGAAUUUAGCUCCUGAAUUAGGCCCCUCAAAAGCAACCUAUAGGGACUUUAAUCCCUUUCUUUUGUUUCCAGUUAUUAACUAAUUAAUUAAAGAGUAGCACUUCUCACCCAAGUGCUUAAGUUCUCUGUGUAUUUAACUUCCAUUUUGCUGCUUUGUCAGUGAGCUUUCUAGAAACUAAAAUAGAACAACCAAUAUAGCAGAUAGGUUUUCCUGUUUGGCUUAACAGUAUGUGAAAUUAAAACAAUCUUUACUUGACUUAAAAGCUAAGAGUAUCAUCAAUUUAGAAAGUAUCUUUUCACAGAACAAAGUAUUGGUUCGACUUCAGAAUAAUCUUGUAUGCAAAAUGAGACCAACAAAACAUCUUAUAACAAUACACUUUUGAAGGUUGCCCAAAGUAAUACUUCGAUAUAAUUAGGGCAUCAUCACCCCAUCACCCCCCUCUGCCCCUCUUUCCUGCCCCUGUUUACUCCAGAGGGAUCUGUCCAAUGAAGAAAUGUGUAGGAGCACAACUCAAGUGCUUAACAUAUUUGGCAUGGGCUGCUUGUGAGUCUCUUCUUAGAUUGCAUGAGUCAAAUGUAGUCAUAUCCAUUUAAGAGUCCUGAACCAAACUUAAUACGUUAUUUUAGAGAUAAAAUAUUUUAUUUUCAAUAUAGAAAGUGGGAGGGUGAGGGUGGGAAAGAAUGAAAUUAUAUUGAGUAUUAAAUAGUUAUGACAGCUGUCACUGCAUCUGUAAAAUGUGUUAAGUUGCAAAUAUUCCAUUGCGAUUGUUUUCAACCCCCCUUAAAACACCCCCCAAUUGUUUAUUUGCAAUGUUAGAACCAAAUCCAAAAUUACAAUAUCUGAAAUAUUUAAAAUUGAGAGUGAUUUAAUGCCACUCAUUGUUUUAUCACUUUAUCAGUAAAUAGCGUCAGUGAAGCUUGGCAUUUAUACCACCUUAUAAUGCCUGCCGUUAAAAGAUCCCUUGGGAUAUGAAAACAUUUACAGGUAGUCCUCCAGUGAUUGUUUGAAGUUACGGUGCCACUGAAAAAAGGGAGUCAUGAUCCUUUUUCACACUUAGGACCAUUGCUGCAUCCCUUGGUCAGGUGAUCAGAAAUUGGAUGUUUGGCAACUGGCAUGUAUUUAUGAUGGUUGCAAUGUUCUGGGAUCAUGUGAUCACCUUUUGUGACCUCCUAUCAAGCGAAGUCAAUGGGGAAGCCAAAUUCACUUAGCAAUGGUGUUAGUAACUGAACAACUUCAGUGAUUCAUUUAACAACUGUGGCAAAAGAAGGGUGUAAAAUUGGGCAAAAUUCACUUAGCAACUAUUGCUAUUCUCUGGCUAUUUUGCUUAGCCACAGAAAUUUUGGAGUCAAUUGCGGUCAUAAAUCAAGGAUUACCUGUAGUGGAGACAAUAUAGGUGUUUUCAUAGCUAUAUUACAAGUGUGGGAUCUAGGAAUAAUGGACUCCCUUUUCUCAAAUCUGCCAAUGAUUCCCUUUGUGGCCUUGGGCAAGGUAUGAAACUUUUUGCCUCAAUUUCCUCAUUUGUAAAAUGGGGAUAAUAAUAAUUAUUAUCCUCACAGUCUACUGUGAGGUCUGUUUGGUUAUUAUUCUUGCUGCACUUCUAAGGUUAAAAAAAAAACAAGUAUUAAAUUUUUUAAUAGAGAAUCCAACAAUUUACAUAUUUUGCUGAAUAUGCUGUGCUAUUUGUACUUUUUUAUACAACUUUUAAUAGUACUGGUGAGGGAAAAAAUGCAUAACCCGAUAUGUGUCUCAUACGUGAUCUGGAAUAUUUUAGCUCUUGCCAAGAGAAGUUUUGUGCAGAUGUUGCAAGAUACAGCUUUUGCUAAAGGCAUUUUUCUAUUAAAGGGGUUCAAACUUUGCAUAGGCAAAAACAUAAUGGAGUGUUCUAGCAUAUUGUCAUGAUUUCAUGAAACACAGAAGGUGGGAGGAUUUUUGAAGGCAACUAUUCCCAUCAACAGAAAUUAAAUCACUUCAUUUCAAACCAUAAGCAAACGGCACAUUUACAUCAUCAUAAAAAUUAGUGUGACAAGACAAAAAACUAGAGAACUCAGUUUUGCUCAGAGGUAAUUGGGUGUCUGCUGAUCAUGGUCAAAGACUGAUUUGAUUAUUCUCAACAACUGGUGUAAAGAGUGUCUUAUUGUAUAUUGAGAGACAGCCUGAAUCCAUUUUGAUUUGAUGUCCAAAUUUUUACAGAAAUCACAGGGAAUUUCUCCUAUGCAAACCUCAUGACAAUCUCUGUGAAGGAGAUUUUGGGGUAAAGUAUGCAAAUAACAUACGUACAUCCACCCAUUUUUAACAAGACACCCCGUCUCCCCUGAGUGUGCCUCAAGCUUUCCACUGCAAUCCAUCUUUCCAUCUUAGGGAGUGAUUAAGCCUUUUACAGAGAGCCAGUUUAGUAUAGUGGUUAUGGCAUGGGGUUAGAAACCGGGAAACUGCGAGUUCUAAUCCUGCCUUGUGCAUAAGGUCAACUCGAUGCCCUUGGGCCAGUCACUUUCUCUCAGCCCUAGGAAGGAGGCAUUGGCAAAUCACUUUUGCAAAAACUUGCCAAGAAAACUGCAGGGACUGGCCCAGGCACUCCGAGAACCAGACACAAUUGAACCAAAAAAAAAAAAAAAAAAGCAAAAAAGCCUUUUGCAAGUACAGACACCACUAACUGCGUCUGAAAAUCUAUAGAUGCACUCCCAUCCCUCCUUCCACUCCAGAUCCCAUGUGUAUUGGAAUCAAAAUGUUAAUUUUAACUAGUUCAUGACUAUCUCAUUUAAGAUAAGACAGGUUGCUUAUACUUAUUAUACAGAAUUUAGGCCUAGGAUUUGUUUCUACUGUAAUCAAUGCCCCAAACAACAAACUUCAGAGCUUUUAUUUCUUUUUAUUGCUUAGAAGGUGUACACAAUCCAAUUUAAUAAAAAAUGUAAUGUAAUUUUUGUCAAUUUAAAGCCUGAGAUCCACAUGCCACAUAGAAGGGGUAUCUUAUAGCUCCUAUACUACAAAUUUUUCGCAUGGAAGAAUGAGAACUCAUCAUAUUUGCUGUGUCCUUGUUCUCUCUUUGGACAAAGUCAAACCCAUCAAGUUUUACAUUUUAUAUAUGAUACUAUUUUAAGGCUCAAUAUUUCUAUUUGGAAGACAGAAAAAUGUUUUCUAACUAUUUAAUAAUCGCAUGGUACUGUAAAGUAAAUGGAAAGGCCAUUCAUUUGCUGGGAGAAGAUGUUUUUAAAAAUGGACAAGACUAAUGUACAAAUUGUUGCACUUUUUCCUUAAACUUAACAAUUAAACUUUGUUUGCAUGACUUUUUUUUGUUAAAUAGUAAUGAUAGUUUGAAAGCAAGUUGAGUAUGAAUAAAGAUACUGACAAUUA